AUGGAGCCGCUGAAGGCACCAGGAUUCUCGGACGAGGAGAGUUUUGUGCUCUGCGACGCCGCGACCAAGGGAUUCCCGAUUCUACAUGCUAGCCUUGGAUUUCAGAAGUUGUAUGGCUUUAGCCAAGAAGAGUGUUUCGACAGCUCGUGCGGGGCACUGGUCGGAGCUGAUGGCAUCUUGAAGGAUCCAUUGGCUGUUACAGCAGCGGAACGACAGAUUGGAAGCCCGCAAGCUGGACUGGCUACGGGCUUCGCAGUCAUGCACGACGUAAUGGUCGAUUUCGUCGAUGACGUGGUGCACCAGCGAGAUACAGACUUCCCUGCCGUUCUGACAGUUAACCGCAGAAGCAACGGCCAGCUGUUCACUUGUCAGAUGAGCCUCAUGCGAAAGCAUCAUCCAGAACUUGGCUGGUCUUACAUGGUGGGCUUGCAGCAGGAUGUCUCUAGCCAGAUCCCUGUGCGUGAGCUGUUGAAGGCAGCUACGCAGGGGCACGAUGGCUACAAGGCUCUCUGCGGCAGCCAAGCGCGACGCAGCAAGCUCGCUGAGCGCUUGCGGACGAAGGAAGCUGAAUCUCACUUCCAUAGCAUCAUGCGAGAUGCUUGGCGUUCUGCGCUGUCGCGACAGAUGAGUGACACGUGCGGCAAGAAGAUGCAGAAGUCGCGCUCGAUGGAGGAGCGGACAAUCGCGAGUGUGAGUACGGCAUGCUCUCUUUCAAGCGUCUUGCCAAAGAAGGAGAACAAGGAUGACGAGCUGGUGGUGGAUGAUUUCCAGCGCAGCUCCACUUGGAGUCCAGAUGCCUGCUUUCAUUUGGGUGCCAUCGCCAAGUCGAGCACCAUUCUCACGGAAGCGAAUGCAAAAGACUCCGCUGAGGUCGGUGGAACUCGUUUCCUGGAUCUCUUGGAGCCCUUCAGCGAUGAGGAUUUGGUUGCAGGCGCUCCAGUUACAGCGCAGCAGGCUCCAGCGCUGGAGUGCCCGGAGCUGGAGGAGUUAGAGGUUCCCAUCUUCCUCGUCAGCCCGGCAGGAAGAUGCCCAGUCGUUCUUUGCAGCUACUACUUUGCCAAAAUGCUCGGCUAUGAUUCCGCAGAGGUCCAGAACAGCAGCUUAUGGUUGAUUUUCAACCCCGGUGCAGACUUGGCAGAUGAGGUCGAACAGGCCGAUCUGCAGCAAGUUUUGGACGGCGACGAAGCCCAGGUGCAAGAAUUCUGGGCAGCUGCUGAAGCGGGAGAGUUCUACAAGGAGCCGAAGGCAUCAACAUCGAACAUGAAGUAUGACCAAAAGCCCCAAGGCGAACUCUUUGUUUCCGGCGACUUCCUUCAAAGGGGUGGCAGCAGUCUUCGCACUGCGGUUUAUUUGAAGCAGAUUGAGCUGGAUGACAAAAUGCUGAUUGCUGGAGUCGCCCACCCAUUUCCGCGCAUUAGUCAGUGGAAGGCGGUUUACCAGCAAGUGAACGACGAUUUGGACAAAGCCAUCGAAGUGAUGGCGGCGGAGUUCUUCUACUCUGCCCCGAUGCGGCGGCAGACGGCCGUGGGCGCUGAAGGCUCAGGGCUGCUGGCGUAA